CCCAACACGAAAUCACCAAGAAUUAGCGGGUCUGGACUCUGGAUAGUAAUCACUCGCAGACUCAGAGUCUGAAAUCAUUUUGAGCCGUGUGUGCGGCAUCUUCUUGUAGAGCUAGCUAACUACUUUGAUGAACCGUGUGUCUGUAGUCCACGUCGUUUUGGUCAAAAUUGGCAGCAGCCAUUACCCCGGUGGAAGCCUCGAGAUUGACAUCAUGGCAUGAGCGGGGGCCGCCGUUGGAAUUGGAACGGAAGGGAAGCCUACCUCACCAUCGCUGAAAUGCAUGGCAAGUGGCCGGGACCGGGAGAUGCUUUGGAUUAGCUUGGCUGCAUCAUGUAUAGAGUCGCUGUCUCCGACCAAAGUUGACUUGAGGCCCGCCACCGGCAGACUAGCCCGAGGUUUCUCCGGUGAUACCACCAUUGUUGAGCCUAGAGUCUAGAAAGGGAGCUCGUGGUUGCACACUUGCACUGCCACUAGCAAGUUAAAUAUAGUUAAAAGUUAUAGCACACAUGGUUUUCGGUAGUGCUGUCCUAAUCAGCAAUCUCAGUUUUAACAACAUGUCCCGCCGUGUGUCGAGCUCAAACUAUCUCCCAUCUUUAUAUAUAUAGUAACAUCGGAGCAGAACAUCACCCCCCACACUUACUUGCUAUUUCUUCAUCCAUCCAUAAAAACAUAUUCAGUCAGUCAGGCUUGCUCUCUGUUCUUCAGUUCAGGCAUCCUCUUCACCAUCCAUAUGCCUACCCUCAGCGCAUUACUCUUUUGGCUUCUCCUAACGUUCUCCUCCCUGCACGCUCCCGUUUCAUGUUCCACUGCAACUCCAAAUGAUGAUACUCUCGCGGUAGGCGAAUCGCUUGCCGUUGGCGAUAAGCUCAUCUCCAGAAACGGCAAGUUCGCGCUCGGGUUCUUCCAGCCAGGCUCAGCCAUCAUCAGUAAGUACAGAACCACCACCUCCACUGGCUGGUACCUUGGCAUAUGGUACAAUAUGAUCCCAGUCUUUACCACCGUAUGGGUCGCUAACCGGGACACGCCAAUCAGCGAUCCUGUGGUCAACCUAACAGUGCUGAAAAUCUCAGCAGAUGGUAAUCUUGUCAUCUCAACCCAAAAUGCCACUGAACCCAUAAUUUGGGCCACUCACGUUGUCAAUAGGACACAAACAAGUAUAGCAAACACUACCGCUGUUCUCUUGAACAGCGGGAACUUUGCCCUCAUGGAAACCUCAUCUAAUGCAGUUCCGUUGUGGCAGAGCUUUGACUACCCAACAGAUGUUUUUCUUCCUGGUGCCAAGUUUGGCCGGAAUAAGGUCACUGGUCUGAAUCGUCAGUUCACCUCAAACAGGAGCCUGAUUGAUCCGGGUCUUGGCUCAUAUAACAUUGAACUUGACACCAAUGGGGGAAUGCUUCUAAGUAGCCGUAGCCCAUACUUAGUGUAUUGGUCUUGGUCAGGGAGUUCAUCAGCCCCUAAACUUCUACCACUACUCAUAACGAUCUUGGACAUGAAUCCACUGACCAAAGGAUUGAUUAGCGCUGCAUUUGUUGAUAACAAUGAAGAGGUAUACUACACAUACACGUUACUGAAUGAAUCAUCUUUGGUAUAUGCGUUGCUAGACAUCUCUGGUCAACUCAAGCUGAUUGUUUGGUCGCAAGCCACACAAUCUUGGCAAACACCAUAUGCCCAACCUGCUGUUCCCUGCACUGCUUAUGCUACAUGUGGACCUUUCACGGUCUGCAACAGCAAGGCGGACCCGUUCUGUAAUUGUAUGGAUAACUUCUCUCAGAAAUCACCUCAUGAUUGGGAACUUGAUGACCGAACAGGUGGAUGCACCAGAAAUAACCCCUUAGUUUGUAAUACGAAGGAAAACACAACAACUUCAUCAGACAUGUUCCAGCCCAUAACCCGUGUUAAACUGCCCUAUAACCCCCAGAGCAUAGAAGAUGCUACCACUGGGGCCAAAUGCGCAGAGGCUUGUCUCAGUGACUGCUCCUGCACUGCUUAUUCCUAUAACAGUAGCAGAUGCCUUAUUUGGCAUGGGGAAUUGCUCAAUGUAAAUGAGAAUGAUGACAUUGAUAAUUCCUCAGAAGAUGUUCUUUACCUUCGCCUAUCUGCACAAGAUUUUCAUGGCGUGAGAAAAAGCAAAAGAAAAUCAAUCAUUGGAGCCGUUACUGCUGCAGUCGUUAUUAGUUUUGGGUUGUUAAUGCUCAUGCUGCUGUCAGUGAUUUUGAGGAACAAAUUCAAGUGUUUUGGUGGACAGUUGUACAGCAGUCAAGAUUGUGGUGGCGGAAUUGUAGCCUUUAGAUACACUGAUUUAAGUCAUGCUACUAAAAAUUUCUCGGAAAUGUUGGGAGGUGGUGGUUUUGGUUCUGUGUUCAAGGGGGUGUUAAGUGACUCGACUCCUAUUGCAGUGAAAAGGCUUGAUGGUGCUCGUCAGGGAGAGAAGCAAUUCAGAGCUGAGGUGGGCUCGAUUGGAAAGAUCCAACAUAUUAACCUUGUCAAAUUGAUUGGUUUCUGCAGUGAAGGUGAUAAGAGGCUACUUGUAUAUGAACACAUGUCAAAUGGGUCUCUUGAUGCCCAUCUAUUUCAGAGCAAUUCUACUGUCCUAAGUUGGAGCACUAGGCAUCAAAUAGCCAUAGGAGUUGCAAGAGGAUUGUCCUACUUGCAUCAGAGUUGCUGUGAAUGCAUCAUACACUGUGAUGUUAAGCCAGAAAACAUACUUCUGGAUUCAUCAUAUGUUCCUAAAAUUGCAGACUUUGGGAUGGCAGCAAUUGUAGGAAGGGAUUUUAGCCGAGUUCUGACCACAUUUAGAGGAACCGCAGGGUAUCUUGCCCCAGAGUGGCUUAGUGGUGUCGCUAUUACACCAAAAGUUGAUGUCUACAGCUUCGGUAUGGUACUGCUGGAAAUCAUUUCAGGAAGGAGGAAUUCACCUAAUCAAGUAUACACUAGCAACAGCAACCAUGUUGAUUUUUUCCCUGUACUAGCUGUCAGCAAGCUUCAUGAGGGAGAUGUGACCAGUUUGGUGGAUCCACAAUUAAAUGGUGAUUUUAAUUUCGAAGACGCUAAAAGGCUUUGCAAAGUUGCAUGUUGGUGCAUCCAAGAUGACGAGUGUGGUCGGCCAACAAUGGGUGAAGUUGUCCAAGUUCUUGAGGGCUUACAAGAGCUUCUUGAUAUGCCUCCGAUGCCAAGACUACUUGCAGCUCUAACUGAAUGCUCUGAUGCAUUUUCAAUGUAUAGUAAUUCAUAAAUGCAUCAUAGUCAGUGUUCCUUUUUUUUAUAGCGGAAGUUAAGAUUUGUAAUAUGGAUUAGGAGGAAUAAAGCAAUGCAAGCUUGAAAUUAAAUAUGGGAAUAUUUAAAUGGCUAAAUUUUGCGUAUGAUGCAUGUGGGUUUCUCGCUUUCUUAUUACUUCUUUUAUAAUGACCCCAAUUA